GCACGCAUUAAUAUGGCCAAGAUGGCAUCUACGCUCUGCCAUCAAGCAUUGACGCUGGGGUGGUCGUCCUCGUCUUCUUCCUCGGGCCCUCGUGAUCCAGAUCUGAUCCAUCUCCGCUCGUCUGCUCUCCUCUGCUUUGCUCACCCUUCGGCGGCGGCGGGGUUCUACAGUGCCGUGGUACUGCACCGUGGCAUUGAUUGUGAAUGGAUGGCGAAAUGAGUGUCCAACACAAAGUUGACCUAGAGCACAUGCUGCUUGAUCGAAGUGCAGAGCCGACUUACCUGCCGUUAUCCCUUUUAGAAGACAUCACAAACUGUUUCUCUGAUGAUCAGCAAAUUGGCAGCGGUGGGUUCGCGGUAGUUUACAAGGGAAUGGUGGGAAAGGGGAUGGUCGCUGUGAAGAAGUUGUCCAAAACAUUUGGUGUGCAUGAGAAUAAAUUCCAUACAGAGGUUGAGUGCCUAAUGAAGGUCAAGCACAAAAAUAUAGUGCGUUUCCUGGGAUAUUGUUCCGACACGCAAGGGAGAACUGCAAACUAUGAAGGGAAGUUUGUCAUGGCUGAGCUGCGAAACUGGUUGCUAUGUUUUGAGUAUGUUCCGAAUAGAAGCCUUGAUAAGUAUAUUACUGAUGCAUCUCACGGACUUGAAUGGAGGAAGCGCUAUGGGAUUAUCAAGGGAACAUGUGAGGGCUUACUUCAUCUUGACGAGAAACGCAUUCUCCACUUAGAUCUGAAGCCUGAUAAUAUAUUGCUAGAUGAUCAUAUGGUACCCAAAAUUGCUGAUUUUGGUCUAUCAAGGUGCCUUGAUAAAGAGCAAACCCGGGCUUCUACUUCGAACCCAUGUGGAUCAAUGGGAUAUUUGGCACCAGAAUCCUUUGGAGGGAAACUCACAUUCGCGUCAGACAUAUACAGUCUUGGCGUUAUCAUCGUGGAGAUACUAACAGGAGAAAAAGGGUAUCCAGAAGAUGAGGAUGUAGUUGACAAUUGGAUGAAUCGGCUGGAGGCAUCAGACCAAUGGGAGAUACAGUUGGAGCAAGUAAGAGUAUGCACUAAGAUUGGGAUAGAGUGCAUGGACUUGGACCCGAAGAAGAGACCGGUUGCACAUUAUAUAAUUGAUAGGCUUGAUAAAACGGCAAGUAUCAUCAAAACUGGCAUCACUAGUUCAUCAGUUGAGCAGCAGGUCAGCUUCCUAAAGGAACCAUGCCGCGAAGAAAAUUUUCCAAAGCUUUCAUCCAAGUACCUCGGAAAGGAUAUUAAAAAAGACCUUGUAAUGGAAGAAGAAGAACUCACAGAAUGUGUUGGGAUAACCCUCAGAGAAAAAGAAUGUGUUGAGAUAAUUAGAGAAGAUCAUUGGCAGCAAGAACAGGAAGAAGUUAUAGAUGAUAAAUUGUCAUUAUGGGGGCCGCAUGAUACAACGCAAAAUCUCAGCCCACAAGGUGCAAGUUGUUCUAGCUCUAAUGCUGGUGUGCUCAACAAAUUAGACAAUUUGGACCCAUGGUGGAGCAACCCAAGUCCGAGAGCCUGGGCAAGACAUAUAAGCAUCAAACUUAGAACCAUCUGCUCAUAUAUAUCUCUGAAUAACUCACAUCAUCUUGCUACAAACCCAAUGGUGGUUCCUCGGUUGAGCCCCGCCACUGAUUUGGAAAUCAACUCAAAAGCACGCAUGAAUUACGUGAAGUACGGUGGCCCUAUCUUAGAGAAUAUAGAAUGUGUAAAACUUUUCAGAAUAGAGGAGCUCAAGCCAAUUCUAAAGGGUGACAAUUUUAUUGGAAAAGGUCGCUUUGGAGAAGUUUAUGAGGGUCGUGUUGAUAAUGCACGAUUAGCAAUAAGGAAGCUGAUUAGUGGCACUAUGCCACAGGAGGAACAAUUUGUUAAUGAAGUCAUCGAGCAAUCUAAAGUCUGUCACAGAAACAUUGUUAAGCUCAUAGGUAUUUGUCUUGAUGUUGACAUCCCGAUGCUAGUCUAUGAGUUUGUCUCAAAAGGUAGCCUCAAUGACUUACUUCACAGCUACCAUGUGGUGCCUGUCAACUUGGGUGUGCGUUUAAGUAUUGCUGCAGAAUCAGCUUCUGGUCUAGCUUAUUUGCAUUCAAUGGGCAGUAAGAAAAUCUUACAUGGAGAUGUUAAACCAGCAAAUAUACUCUUGGGUCACAACUUUCAGCCAAAGAUCUCAGACCUAGGCACAUCAAGGAUGAUUGCAGGAGACUACGGACACACUGGAAGAAUCGCUCAACACGUCGGUAGAAUGGCUGGUGUCGUCGCUUAUAUGGACCCGGUGUACCUACAAACAGGCCUGCUGACCGAACAAAGUGAUGUCUACAGUUUUGGAAUUGUCAUCUUGGAACUCAUUAGCAGGAGGAAGGCCACAGAGUCUAACAAUAACAGCUUGGUAAGGAAUUUCCUUGAGAAUCACAAACAGGGGAGGAAAGCAACUAAGUUGUUUGAUAAAGAGAUUGCAGUGACAGGAGAUUUGGACCUUCUUGACAGUCUGGCAGAGAUUGCUGUGGAAUGUCUUGACUAUGAUGUGGAAAAAAGACCACGAAUGGUAGAUGUUGAACGGCGCCUUUCCGUACUUAAUCAAUCCCGUUAGCAAAAGGUCUCCCCGAUUUUAUUCCAGAAUGAAGCCACCAGUGUCUUACAUCAAACGGCUCAUUGCAUCACCCUGUGUUUGUUCAUUUUUUUAGUAUGAGGAAAUAAAAAACAAAGCAAGCAGCUAGAAAAGUAGCUGCAAACGGAUCUUUGAAAUUCUCUGCAACUGUAAGCUCCGAGGCCACCUAUCACCACUGCCAACCUUUGUUUACUUUCAUGCCAUAUAUACUACAUGUGCCUUCACACCGUGCUUAAUAUUUAUCAUGUAAUGAACCAUAUAAGUAUUCUUCAAGUUACAUUAUGCUUCCUUUUAC